GUGAUCAAAUGAGUCCCAACAAUUCUAGAGCGCGGAUGAACGGGAUUUUCUGCGUGCGUUAGGCUAUACGACCAUUCAAUAUCAUGCUAUUGUAAUUGCAGAACAUUCGUUGUCUGCUUUUAUUCUUAUUUGAACAAUUUUUAAAACGGUAUGAUAAUCAGCCAAUGUCUGUCGUGCCUGCUGCGGGGUCUUAUUUUCCAUUUUCAAUUAAAGAAGUAGGCUAAACGUGUGAACGUAUUGCGUUUUAAUUGACUCGUCGCUUUUCUUCUACACAGCCAUGAUUUACAAAGGAGGGGAUGUAGGAAAACAUGGAAGGCAAUUAAAGGUUUGAAGACAAAAAGCAAAGGUCAAAAUGUUUACAUUCUAAAAAGCCGCUGUCGAGCACUGGGAGGUGCUGCAUUCUCUUAGCGCUCCUUUCCGCGUGAUUGGUAAACUUGACAGUGAUUGACGGGCAUCCAUGGCAACCAAUCUGCCAAGUCCAAUAGAAAAUCAGCAGAGGGGCUGACUGUAUUUCCCCCUUCAAAAUACAUCUCGGGUCUAGUUUUUAUACUCUUGUAAUUUCUACAUACCAAGUUCACCAGCCGAGGGCAUAGUUCCUCCGUGUUUUUAACGGUUGAUCUGUUAACUUUGGGAUUGCCUUUUUGUGUGGAUCCGACGAUCAGAGAGCGAGAGGGAGAGAAGGGUAGGCGCGAGAGGGGAGCGUGUGAGUCAGAGAGAGACGGAGGUGAAACGAAAAGCCUCCAUGUUUCAGCUGCCUAUCUUGAAUUUUAGCCCCCAGCAGGUUGCGGGGGUUUGCGAGACUCUGGAAGAGAGCGGGGACAUUGAGCGCCUCGGUCGCUUCCUCUGGUCUCUGCCCGUCGCCCCAGCAGCCUGCGAGGUCCUCAACAAGAAUGAGUCGGUGCUUAGGGCGCGGGCCAUCGUGGCCUACCACACCGGGAAUUUCCGAGAACUCUACCACAUUCUGGAGAACCACAAGUUCACCAAAGAGUCUCACACUAAACUACAGGCCCUGUGGCUCGAGGCGCACUACCAGGAGGCAGAGAAGCUGCGGGGCCGCCCGCUAGGGCCAGUGGACAAAUACAGGGUGCGGAAGAAGUUCCCUCUACCCAGAACGAUAUGGGACGGAGAGCAAAAGACCCACUGCUUCAAGGAGAGAACCCGACAUUUGUUACGAGAAUGGUACUUGCAGGAUCCUUACCCGAACCCGAGCAAAAAGAGGGAGCUCGCGCAGGCUACUGGACUUACUCCCACACAAGUGGGAAACUGGUUCAAAAAUCGUAGACAAAGGGAUAGAGCGGCGGCUGCGAAAAAUAGGUAG